UCUGCUGAUACAUUUAGGGGACUAAGAGGCAUAAUGAAGUGUAGACUGUUCCCUCGAUGCAUUCGGUGCCGGAAUUUGUGUUGGCUCAUCCUAUUCCUGAUGGUCAUCUUAAUCCUCUAUAACGGAAUGGACAUUAGCAAAAUCGAGACAGCAGUCAGCCUCGGGGUAAGACAAGAGAAUAUCAAGAACAUCGCUUGGAAUGAAAAAAAUAACAGUGGAGAACUGGGGAAAAUAUGCAAACAACGAUGGCAGAAUUCACCAGCAGAGAUCACAUUUUCCCAUCCAUUGAAUAUUUCUUACAUUUAUUUAGCAGGGAAUGCUCCUAAGAGUAGAAAAUACUUGUCAAUAGGGAUCUCAUCGGUCAAACGAGUGAGAGAAAACUACUUGAUGGACACACUUCAGUCCAUUUUUGUGAAGUCUAGCUAUGAAGAGCUGGAACAGAUGGUGGUGGUGAUUUACCUUGCUGAUUUUGACAUGUCCUGGAAUUUAAAGACUGCUGCAGAGGUCAAAGCCAAGUUUACAUCACAUAUCAGUGCAGGCCAUCUACUUGUCAUUCAGUGUCCAAAGCAUAUUUACCCAACACUAGAGGGUCUCAAGAGAAAUUACAAUGACCCUCAGAAAAGAGUCCAGUUCAGGUCAAAGCAGAAUGUGGACUAUGCUUUCCUGGUCAACUUCUGUGCUGACCUAUCCGAAUACUAUUUAAUGCUAGAGGAUGAUGUUUUUUGUGCUAAAAACUUCCUUUCCUCCAUAAAGAGGUUUAUUACCUUGAGUAAGGGCUCAUCGUGGGCAACACUAACCUUCUCAAAGUUGGGUUACAUCGGGAAACUCUACCACAGCGUCGAUCUCCCCAAGCUGGCCAGGUUCCUGCUGAUGUUCUACGAUGAAAUGCCUUGUGAUUGGCUGUUAGAGCUCUUCCACAGGUCCAAGGCCCAACCCAAUGAGAUGAGGUUCAAGCCAUCCCUUUUCCAGCACAUGGGCACUUACUCAUCAUUUCAAGACAUGCACAACAAGCUGAAGGAUGAUGAGUUUCAGGAGCAUAUGGGCAGUUUGCCUGACAACCCCCCUGCAUUGGUAUUCACUGAUAUCCCAGUUUAUGAGCAGCAUUUGCCUGCCAAAGCUUACGAAUUUGGAGUUGGUCAGUUCUGGGGUAAGUCCCUUAAGGAAGGAAACUACUUUCUAGUUGUGCUUGAACACCCAGUCAAGAUCACUAAAAUCUGUGUUUGGACUGGAUCUCCUGAACACAAGGGGGAUAUUCUCCAUUCUGGGAUCCUGCAAGUGGGAAGAGACAAGACAACAGAAAAUGGUCAUCAGAGCUGCAAAACAUACCAUCAACUUGGCACAUUCAAUGCAGGCAAGUUUGAAAUGGAAAAUGUUACAAACCACAUCUCUGAGCCAAUGAAAUGUAUUCGAGUGCUGGUGACAGAGGAUCAGACAGAUUGGCUCAUCAUUUCUGAGGUGAAUAUUUGGAUUGAAAAGGAGAAAUAAUGUUCGUCCCCUCUCUUUGAGAUCUUUCUGCCUUAUCAUGCACUGCCCAAGAGGUUGUGAUGCUGCAGUUUCACUUUCAAGGACAGGCUGGCCUUUCCUGUAAUGUUGGGUCUUGUUGGAUAACACUGAUACCUGAGAAUCCAAGUCUCAGUCUGGGUUCAAGUCUAACUCCAGAGAUGUGAUCUCGUAAUCCAGGUGGAUACUCCUGUGCAGGACCGAGGGAGUGCUGCAGGCUUAGAGGUGCUAUCUUUUGAACUAAAGUGAGGACCCCGUCUGCCAUCUCAGUUGCACACAAAAGAUCCCAAGCCACUAGUAACACAGUUACUAGAAGAUACAGAACUUUGUGGGGGGGGAAGAGGAUGAAAUGCAGAGCAAAUAGAUUCGUUUGAAUUGUUCUACCAAACAGCCCCAGUACUGGUAUACUGGGAUGAAUGGCAAGUGUGCGUGAAACAUCUUUAGUUUUAAUAAAACUUUUACAUCCAUUCUUCUACAGUACAGAAGAACCUAUAUAUCCAAAUCAUUUAAAAAAUCUGACAUGUUUUUUGGUAAUUGUAACUGAUCAGUAAAAACAGAAAUGUUUUGCAAUUCUGUUAAUGUUCCACCAGAGGACAGCAUAAGCCAGCAAAUAAAAUGGCAGCAAACGCAUUUUAUUGUGCAGGAAGAGCAUACUUGCUUUUCUUUCUUUUCUGUAUAAAGAACCCUUUUAUAAUGUUAUUAUAGCUUCUAAGAAUUAUGAUGAGAAUGAUGACUUAUGGCAGUGACAAUAUUUAGUCAUUUCUACUGACUCUCUACACUAACUGACUCAGUAGUACCACUUUGGUCCAGGCAUGAAAACAUUGUGGUUCAUGUCUAACUCGAAUCUUAAGCACAAAAAAAACCAGCUAAUACAUCACUGUAGUAGUGAAAGGAAAAAUCCUCUCCGGUAAAUAUAAAAGAUUCCAUGGCCACUAUUUCAAAGAAGAACAGGGCAGUUGUCCCCCGUGUCCUGGCUAAUACCUAUCCUUCAAUCAACAUUGGUUUUUAUUGAUUAUCAAUGUUAAUCAAUGAACAUUAACUGAUAGGUUUCACUUUGCUAUUUUGGGGAAGUGAUUGUGCACAGAUUUCCUACAUUUUCUAGCAAUUACACUUCAAAAAAUGUUAAUUAUUUGUAAAGCACUUUGUGUUGGCACAAAGUAUAUUCUUCCAUUUUUUCUCAAAUGAGACUUUAAAAUGGAUGUAAUAAAUCAGUACUCCUGAAUGCUAUGUUAUUUUGAUUGUGAUUUCUGGAUUUUGUCAUAUUUUUGGUGAUUUGCAUUUUAAUGAAGAGUCAACAAAGAGGAAUGUUCUUUAAUGGAUGAUUCUAAAAUUUGCAUGGAUCUUUAGAAACCUGUAAACAAUUUAGUUCAAAAUCAUCAAACAUUUCACAAGGUUAAGUAGAUAAUUUCAUUUGGUUGGUGAAGUGGCACUGAGGGAUUUCUGACAGAGUUACUGAUUGAAAAAUGGGAGUGGAUAGCUAGAAGAUUAUGGUCAAAUCAUAUAAGGGAAUUGAACCCAUGCUGUUCCCAGCUAGCUGGAUGGCAAUGCAGAAUCACACUAAUAGUGGCUGAGGUUAUCAUGAAGGCCUCUGAGAGUCUUAGAAUGUGCAGCACAGAAACAGACCCUUUGAUUCAACCCAUUGCUAGCAUUCGGCUGAUAUCCCCUAAAACCUCUGUUUCUCAACCUCUUCCCCUCACCUGAAGUUUGGUGAUCCUCAGGUUAAACCAACACCAAUUGUCUCCCUCUCCCUGCUGAAAGAGCAACCCUUCAGUCUGGUAGGACUUUUCCUAUUUACUUGGUCAAAGAAAACAUUCAUGUGUUGACUGCUGCCUUGUGAAUGUUAUAAGUUGUGUAAGCUAUAGAACAGGAGGAGGCAUUCAGCACCAGGAGCUUAAUUUACCAUAAAUUACAUUGCAUCUGAUCUGUAUCUUAGCUCACUUGGCCUCCACCGUCUCUCUUAACCUCAUCACCACAAAAUCUAUCCAGUUUUGAAAUUGCCAAUUGACCCCAGCUCUACCACUGACAACACGUGAUCUUUAUAUUAAAAUCUUUAAUAUCCAAAAGUGCUUCAGUUGUUUGGAAGUGUUCCACCUCUGAAAGUUCUUUCUAAACUUUCACCUUCCCCCCC